AAACCCUUAUUCUGCUGAUACGUUUCUUCUCAAAUCCCAGCCAUUACCAAAAUGAGCGUACCAAAGGCAGUGGCAGCGACGAUCCGGCUCACGGUACCCGCCGGAGGGGCUCGACCGGCUCCACCAGUCGGACCGGCGUUGGGUCAGUACCGGCUGAACCUGAUGGCGUUUUGCAAGGACUUCAACGCGCGGACCCAGAAGUACAAGCCUGACACGCCCAUGGCAGUUACGAUAACGGCGUUCAAGGACAACACCUUCGAGUUCACCGUUAAGUCGCCGUCAGUGUCGUGGUACCUCAAGAAAGCCGCGGGCGUGGACACCGGUAGCAGCCGCCCCGGUCACGUGACUGCGUCCUCGCUGUCGGUUCGGCACGUGUACGAGAUCGCGAAGGUGAAACAAUCUGAUCCUUUUCUCCAGAGCAUGCCUCUCGAGUCCAUUUCCAAGUCCAUCAUCGGAACCGCCAAUAGCAUGGGGAUUAAGAUCGUCAAGGACCUCGAUUGAAUUUCAAAAAUCAAAAAGCGUCUUUGUAUGAUUUUUUUUUGUUGUGUUAUUGGAAUUAGAGUUUCUCUUUUGUGUUAUUAUUAUCGAGGUUUUUUCAAGCCUAUGUUGAAUACAAGUUUAGCGGAAGAGAAUAGCUUGCUUGCACAUAAGUCUUGUUAUUUUGCUAACUGAAGUUUUAAUUUGAGAAAUCUUAUAUCAAUAAAAGUGACAGUUAAAAAUUGUUGAAUAGAUGUUGAUUUUU